UCAGUGAUUCCAUCAUGGCCGUAAGUCCUACCUAUUCUGCCGGUGACUUGUCAAGUGAUGUAGAUAUUAUCAGUACAGGCCGACCCAACCUCGUCCGCAUCAAGUUUGGUAACAGUCGUUAUCUAGCAACCGAUGAACAUGGGCGAAUUGUAAGCGAUACGAUAGCUACAAAUUCCACAGCCGAUCGCACGGUAUGGUACCAAACAUCAGACAGGUUUGGCGGGGAGGAAUACCAGGUUUGCCAGGCAGAUCAACAAAGAUGCGACGGAGGAGAGUUCCUGGCUGUUCGACGGACGAACGGCGUCUACAACGUCUGUACGGUUCAGUCGUGCCCACGUAAUUGCACCGUAUUCUUAUGGACGUGUACAUAGCCAGAAUGAUUAAAAUUGCAUUAAUACGCAUCGCUAUUUCAUGUUGCCCUGUAAGUUUGUGAGACUGAAAUAAUUGAAUUGGCGGAUACUAGAUACAGAGAGAAUUCUUUUGAAAUUUCGGUGCCAGAGAAACAUACGAUGGAUUUCACGAAAAGAUUAUCACAUCUAACUGAUGUGUCAAAGGAUUGUACUGGGUUGAUUCUGCCGAAGUCUUCACCGUAGAGCGAAGGCAGGCCACGGUGGAAAGCCUCGUGUCAAGGGUCACCCAAGCUCAGCAGUGGUGACUCACAAUAUUCAACAUGAUCAAAAUGUAGGUUUAAAGAUUGCUCUUGUAUUUUUGUGUAGAUGAUUAGCAGGUAAAGUAAAUGUAAUUUUCCUUUGCAUACAUACAGAUAGCAUAUUUUAUUAAUUUUGUUAUUUAUUGACGUUCACAAAAGUCCAUAAACAU